UAUAAUUUGACAAAAUGUCAUUGCUAUCACGUAUUUUAAUGAAAAUUUCUUCACGCCCAAAUACACGUUUUAUGCAAAAGUGGUACCCCGAUGCGGAAUGGUUUCGCCAAUUUGAUGGACCCGUUAUGUUCAAUCGAGAAAAAUUCAAGCACUGGAAAAUUCAACCAUGGAAUGGAAAAUUACCUAUGGUCGAGAAGAAGGUUAGAAAUAUGGUAAUUAAUUUCGGGCCAGCACAUCCAGCAGCCCACGGCGUCUUGAGAUUGAUUUGUGAACUCGAAGGUGAAGUAAUUCGAAGAAUUGAUCCUCAUAUUGGGCACUUACAUCGAGGUACCGAAAAACUCUGCGAGCAUAAGACUUACUUACAGGCUUUACCAUAUUUCGAUCGUUUUGAUUACGUGUCUCCCAUGUGCAAUGAGCACGCCUUCUGUUUGGCACUUGAAAAAUUGCUAAACAUCGAUAUACCGAGAAGAGCAAAGUUUAUCAGAACCAUUUUUAUUGAAUUAACUCGUUUGUUGAGCCAUGGGUUAAGCGCAGCAUCUCAACUUUUGGACGCGGGUGCAAUAACACCAGUGUUUUGGGUAUUUGAAGAAAGAGAAAAAAUCUGGGAAUUUUGUGAACGGGUUAGUGGCGGAAGAGUGCAUUCGAUAUAUUUUCGGGUAGGAGGUGUUGCACGGGAUCUACCAAUCGGGCUAUUGGACGAUAUACAGCUCUUUACUGAACGGUUCUGUCAGCGUCUAGACGAAAUUGAAGAUGUAACUACAAAUAACAGAAUUUGGUUAGCGAGGAAUGUAGGCAUUGGGGCGAUUAGUGCGGAAGAUGCAAUUAACACUGGUUGUUCAGGAACUAAUUUACGCGCGACUGGAGUAAAGUGGGAUCUCCGAAAAAAUCUUCCUUACGAGAUUUAUGAUGAAUUGGAUUUUGAUGUUCCUGUGGGUGCUAACGGUGACUGCCAUGACAGAUGGUUGUGUAAAAUGUAUGAAAUGCGACAGUCUUGUAGAAUUAUUGGUCAGUGCCUCAACAAAAUGCCUGAAGGGGAUGUAAAAGUGGAUGAUUACAAAAUAACACCUCCAACAAGAAUGGAAAUGAAGGAUGAAAGAGCGCCUGAUAUCCUUGCCGCUGUUGCUCUGGACCCACACGUUUCAACCAGGAGACUUGCAAUCGACGCUGGGAUGAGUCAAAUGACAGCUUGGAGGAUUUUAAAUGGCAACAAAUUAUAUCCAUAUCAUGUUAAUUUACAUCAGGCACUUGGAGGACAAGAUUUUCAGAGACGGUUAGAUUUUUGCGAAUGGUUAUUGAACCAAAACCAAAACUUCCAUCACAAAAUUCUCUGGACCGAUGAAGCAACGUUUAAAAGCAGUGGCGAUGUUAAUAUUCACAACGCUCACUAUUGGUCUCGUGAAAACCCGCAUUGGCUACGUGAAGUGGAUAACCAGAAUGUUUGGAGUCUUAAUACCUGGUGCGGCAUUUUAGGAGGCCGAAUUAUUGGUCCGCAUUUCUUUGACGGCCAUUUAAACGGGUCCGUGUACAACGAUUUUCUGGAGAACAUCCUCUAUGACCUUCUAGACAACGUCCCAAUUGCAAUACGUGCAGAGAUGUGGCUGCAACAAGACGGUUGCCCAGCACAUUUUUCGAGAGUAUCUCGCCAAACUGUCAAUCGUCUCUUUCCUAAUCGCUGGAUGGGAAGAGGAGGUCCGUUUCCUUGGCCAGCUCGUUCCCCUGACCUGACACCACUUGACUUCUUCCUCUGGGGACGAGUCAAAGAUAUUGUUUAUCAACAGCGCCCAACCACGAGGGAGAAUAUGAAGGAAAGAAUUCGAAACGCAUGCCGUUUGCUCAAUGAAAAUGAGGUGCUUAGGGCAGUCGACAACGUCCGACUUCGGCUACAAAACUGCAUCAAUCAAAAUGGAAGACAUUUUGAACAUAUUAAUUAA